UUUGUUAAAAAAAAGAAUCUGUCUCUAUUACGUGUGUCCACCGUAGAAACCACCACACCACAGCAUUCCAAACCAAAAUGCAGUCGUCCUUGAAGGAGAAGCUGCACUUCCUGUACAAACCGUACGUGCUGGCGGUGCUGACCAUCGGCUACAUUGCCGGCGAGCUGGGCCACUAUCUGAUCGGCGUCACAUCGAAAGCGACGGCCAUCGAACUCGACUACGGGGACCAGGCGUGCCAGCAGAACCACACCGAUUACCUGCGCCACGAGCUGCCGGCACAGUGCGCGGAGUUUAUCAUCGAACACGAAUGCCACCAGCAGCACAUUAACGGAACGGUGUACUGCGAGUGGAACUAUAAUGGACUCGGGCUCGAGUACCAGCUGCUGGCCGGCCCCAGCUUUAUCGCCGUGUUCACGGUGAUGGGCGUCGUGCUGGGGGUGGCCGCGGAUCGCUACAACCGCGUCCGAAUGCUGUUCGUUUGCACGCUGGUGUUUGCCGUUGCCAUUCUGCUGCAGGGCACGGUCAAGGAGUACUGGCACCUGAUUAUGCUGCGCAUGGUCAUGGCUGCCGGGGAGGCCGGUUGCAACCCGCUCGCCACCGGAAUCAUGUCCGACAUCUUCCCCGAGAGCAAACGGGCGCUCGUGAUGGCCAUUUUCAACUGGGGCAUUUACGGUGGCUACGGUAUCGCUUUCCCGGUCGGUCGGUACAUCACCAAGCUGGACAUCGGUGGAUUGGGAUGGCGCAUAUGCUACUACGGUACGGGAGUGUUGGCCCUGAUCAUGGCCGUGCUCACCGGAACCACACUGCGAGAGCCGGAGCGUAAGAGCAUUGGGGAGGAUGCGACGGGCAAGGCGAAGGUCUCACUGUACAAGGUCCUGAUGCAGCCGCGGGUCCUGCUGCUGGUGCUGGCCGCCUCGAUCCGACACUCCGGUGGCAUGACCUUCGCUUACAACGCCGAUCUGUACUACAACAUCUACUUCCCGGACGUCGAUCUCGGCUGGUGGCUGUUUGCCGUCACGAUCGGCAUCGGUAGCAUCGGUGUCGUCGUUGGUGGCGUGGUUUCGGACAAGUUUGUAGCCAAAAUGGGCAUCAGGUCGCGGGUGGCCUGCCUAGCUAUCAGCCAGCUGCUUGCCACACCGUUCGCAUUCGGUUCCGUCUACUUCGAGCCACUGUGGGCCAUGAUCACGCUCGGUAUCAGCUACUUUUUCGCCGAAAUGUGGUUUGGUAUCGUGUUUGCCGUGCUGGUGGAGAUCGUUCCGCUGCAGGUCCGCUCGACCACCAUCGGUGUGUUCCUGUUCGUGAUGAACAACAUCGGUGGCAAUCUGCCGAUUCUGGUCGAUCCGCUUGCCAAGGCCAUCGGCUACCGUGGCUCGGUGAUGUUCUUCUACGCCGGCUUCUACGGCAUCAGCACGGUGCUGUUCUUCAUCACGAUGUUCUUCAUGGACGGGCCGAAGCCGGACGCAGUGGCCACCACCGGACACGAACCGUCCAGCCACGGUAACCACGUUGAGAUGGGCCACGAAAACAACACCUUCCAGCCGGACGACUAUCUGCCUCCGCCGCACGCCGGUGUCAACGGUCACCGGAACAUCGUCAGCGUGCGCCCUUCCGAGAGCAGUCGACUGUAAACGACCUCCUCCCACUCGCAAAGUACCUCCCGUGCCUAGACUGUACAUGUUUUUUUUUUUAAUUAUUACUUUACCGACACGAAGGUCCAUCGUCGCGCCAAGUAGAAGGACAAUGGAUUUACGGUCCAGCAGAAUCUCGGAUACGAAAGUAGAAAGUGUCCAUGCAUUGCAUAAGAUGUAAGAUAUUUAUCGGCCAAUGGCAACAGGGGCAGCCACACGACACAAAUGGCCGCUAAAGGAGCGGACCUGCAGGAGUGAGCACAGGGAUACAUACGAAAGAAUCUUACACUUGAGUCUCCCGCUUUUAUUGUUUAAGUACAACCGCGACGACGAAAACGACGAGGCCCUAUUUAUUCGGCCCUUGCGCCAGGGAUGUUUUGACCGUAAAUCUCAAGUCACUCACCUGCAGUGGUUUGUCCGUUUCGUGGCCUGCUUGUAUAGAUACCGUGACCUGCUUCAAACACAGCACAAUAAAUGGACAGAUGACAAUC